UGAGACCUUCUGCCCUCGGAAUCGCUUUUGAGUAACUGCCUUAUGAUCACAGGUCCAACUUCACACUAAGAUAAUUAUUGUGAGCGACGACUUCAAGAUUAGCGGAAAUCAAAAACUGUAUGAUAGAAUUAAUGGCACUUAACUGUGAAGUCACACUGACAGAUUUGUCGCUUGAAGGGAUUUUUUGAAAGAAAGCCACCCUGGACACGUUUUAAUGUCCUCGUUGAUCUACGUUACAUACUCACCGUUCAAAUCAUUUAUUACAGUUUAGUCUUACUUUCUGACGUUGAAAUGGGGAGGGAAUAUGACGGGAAUUACAACAGGAAGUUUUUGAGCCCACUACCGACAUUGUGCUUGAAGAUGGACGUAAAGAAGUCUUCUCGUCAUUCUUUAUGCCAUGAUCUCUAGUGCGGAACUCACGCUCGCGUUCUGUGUAGUCUGCCAUGAUCGCGAAGUGGUCCCCUCGACUCGAGGGAAGAGGUCCUUGAACUUAACUAUCCAUAGAAUCCUGAAAUAAGAUGGCAAUGUACAUUCACCCAUAAUUCUUAGCGCAAGAAAACUAUAACGCGCAUAUAAACGUAGAGAAAAGUUCCAACAUCUUCAAACCCUGGCAUACACUAUGACGUUACCACAGGGACAAAUAGUGCUAAAAUAUGGCUUUCCUCGUACUUCUAUGGAUAGUGUAAGGUUCGCAUGGGUGGUAACAUGCGAACCCGUCAUUUUAUUACCUACGGAGAAGUUACUCGUAGUGCCGAGCGGAAAAGAAGGGUAGUCAUGUUUUGCUCUGAUUUCUGCUUCACCUAUCGACUUAAACAGGUGUAUGCAGGGAAACACCAGUUUGUGAAAACCUGCUUUCUCCCAUCCAAAAAAGACAAAAAAGUUGCAUUCUACAGUCUGAGAGCAUAUUAAUUUACAGUGAGCAGGUGUAAACCAAACGCGUGUGAUGGUGGGUAGUUUCGCGUGCUCUGUUCAUACAUCCCCUUGAACUUUCCAUAAAUGCUUCCGGCUUCCCCGUAGCAUAAAAAGCAAAAAAUGCACGUCUUGCCGGAAGCACGAAAAAAAAAACGUGGUCGGUGGAAAGCUUAUUACUUAGCAUUUAAAAAUGAAUGAUAUUUCCGUUACUUAACAAACUCGACCCAUGCUGGAAACGUAUAAGUUGUUAGCGUCUGCGACGCAGGCCAGAAACGGCAGACCAUUAUAAAUUUCUCGCAAAAUUAAAAAACACGCGUACUAUUAUCAUUAGUGGAAUUUAAAUAACAGGUGUUAUGCACGCAUGAGCUCCUUGACAAAUUACCUGUGUAACCAUAUAAACACGCGUACUCAAGACAUUCACCACAGAAACUACCACGGCAGACAUGAUUGCCGACUGUUUUUUCCACUUGAUCUUUGUGCUAGCUUCACUUUCCAGGCAUCUUUUCACUGUAACUGAAGCCCUCAUGGACGGAACAACGAGUUCAGAAAAAUAUAUCAUAAAGGACUGUAACGGCAUUCAGUAUCGCUUGAUGGUGGACCUAGGUUCGCCGCCAUUCCCGGAAACUGCUUGCGAUGUUAAGAAGAAAGUGAUACAGUGUUUUGAAAGAAGCAAAGGUUUAGGAUCUCUGCUGGAUCAAGACCGGUUUCUUCUACUCCAGUCUGCGAUAGUAGACAAAGCACUAAUGUGUCCCGACCUCGAGUAUCACGAACUAGAGAAGACUAUCCAGAAUUCAGGUGAGAUGGUGAUUGUCCAUAGUACUUCGCAUCCAAGGUCGUUUCCAGGGCUUUUCUCACUCUCUAAAGGAUCAGCCCUGGGAACGAAGUUGCUUUGCAUCGGGAGACCUGCCCUCUAUGGGCAACGCCGCAUUAUAAACAAGUCUCCGCAUGCGAUCGUUCAGGACUUGUUUGAUAAAUAUUCAGCAGCAACACCGCAGGUACCUGAACAGUGCGCUGUCGACAUUCACAAGAGUUGCGAGAGAACCAUUUUUGAUCAGGUGGUUGUUAACCAUUUACCAUGGCCCAAGACAACAAAGCGGAGCCGGUGUUAUAAGAACUUUCUGGAAAAGACAGGGUGUAGAUCUUCAAUACUGCAAAAUUACGCCCUCAUGCAAGAGGAAUUUGGGGAAAAGUUAAGAGAAGAAGAGUACAAGUUAGGUCUUUAUGGAAUUUUUAUGAACGACCAUAACAAACAGGCUUCAAUAGAAAUACUAUAAAGUAUUUUUAAAUCCUCUCUAAGCCUAAUAAUAAUUAUAAUUAUAAUCAUAACAAUAACAAUAAUAACAAUGACAAUAAUAAUAAUAAUAAUAAUGAGUAAUAAUAAAAAGUGUGAAAUAUCUGAGUUACGUAGGGUUAGGGUUAGGUUUUAGAGUUAACUCCUCUUUAAGCCUAAUAAUAAUAAUAAAAAACAAGGUAUGAAAAUAUCCGAAAGUU